AUCGAGUAUUUUCCUACAUAUAUAUACCUUUAUAUGUACUCCAGUUACAUUUCAACGUGACAUUUCUCGAUUGUUGGUAUCGACAGUUAGCUAGUUUUUUCAUAUUUUACCUUUAAAUAUCGUACUCGCCGAUCAUGGUGACCCUUUCUAAAGUUAGGGGCCUGCGAAUGUCGGCUCAAAAGCAAGAAACGCUUUUGAAGCUGACGAUACUUUCUCUAGCUGCAGUCUUGUCUUUUGCCACUCGUCUUUUUUCGGUUCUGAGAUACGAAAGUGUUAUUCACGAAUUUGAUCCUUAUUUCAACUAUCGAACAACCAAGUUUCUGGCUGAAGAAGGUUUCUACAAUUUUCACAACUGGUUCGAUGAUAGAGUUUGGUAUCCGCUUGGAAGGAUUAUCGGAGGAACGAUAUAUCCUGGACUCAUGGUAACAUCGGCAACGCUUUAUCAUGUGGCCCGAUGGUUAAACAUUGCCAUAGACAUACGCAAUGUGUGCAUUUUCCUAGCACCGCUGUUCUCGAGUUUCACGACCAUAGUCACAUACUUACUGACUAAAGAACUGAAGGAUUCCGCUUCAGGGUUGAUUGCGGCAGCGAUGAUUGCCAUAGUUCCUGGAUAUAUAUCGAGAUCUGUAGCUGGAUCUUACGAUAACGAAGGAAUAGCAAUAUUUUGCAUGUUGUUCACGUAUUACAUGUGGAUCAAAGCGGUUAAAACCGGUGCUAUUUUUUGGUCAACCUGUGCUGCGCUGGCCUAUUUUUAUAUGGUGUCUUCGUGGGGUGGAUACGUUUUCCUCAUAAAUCUCAUACCCCUUCACGUGCUCACACUCAUGGUUACCGGGCGUUUUUCACACAGAAUUUACAUCGCUUACAGCAUACUUUACUGCAUCGGCACAGUUUUGUCGAUGCAAAUAGCGUUCGUCGGUUUUCAACCGGUCCAGAGCUCCGAACACAUGCUCGCUUUGGGAGUUUUCGGCUUGUGCCAAAUUCAUGCAUUGGUAGAUUAUCUGAGAAGCAAAGUUUCCGAAAAUGAUUUCGAUCUCCUUUUCCGGGGAUUGAUAGGCUCUAUGCUUAUGGCUUCGUUUGCCGUUGGUGGUGUUUUGACAAUUACAGGUAAAAUAUCGCCAUGGACCGGAAGAUUUUAUUCCCUCUUGGAUCCUUCGUACGCAAAAAAUCACAUUCCAAUAAUCGCCUCCGUCUCGGAACAUCAGCCGACCUCGUGGAGCUCUUUCUACUUCGAUCUUCAAAUACUUGUCUUCCUCUUUCCCGCUGGAUUGUACUUUUGCUUUUCAAAACUCACGGAUUCCAACAUUUUUCUCAUUCUUUACGGUGUUACGAGCCUCUACUUUGCAGCUGUCAUGGUGCGUUUGAUGCUCGUAUUGGCACCUGUGAUGUGUAUCCUCGGUGGCAUUGGUGCAUCGUCGCUGUUGCUGACUUACAUGAAACAAGUCGAGAGUGGAAAAGUGAUUGACAAGAAAUCACGCAAAUUUGAAAAUAAUUACGUGUUGAGGAGCGAGAUUGCCACCCUGUUCGUAGUCGUGAUGUGCAUUCUAUUUUUCUCGUACACGUUGCAUUGCACAUGGGUAACAGCGGAGGCGUACAGUUCACCGAGUAUCGUACUUUCGGCGCGUUCGCCGGACGGUGGUCGAAUGAUUUUCGAUGAUUUUCGAGAAGCUUAUUACUGGCUGCGAAUGAAUACUCCGGAAGAUUCGAAAGUGAUGUCUUGGUGGGAUUAUGGUUACCAAAUAACGGCGAUGGCGAAUCGCACUAUCCUCGUGGAUAAUAACACGUGGAACAAUACUCAUAUCUCUCGAGUUGGCCAAGCAAUGGCAAGCACCGAAGAACGAGCUUACGAGAUUAUGAGAGAACUUGACGUCAAUUACGUUCUUGUGAUUUUCGGAGGUCUUACUGGAUACUCGUCGGAUGACAUUAACAAGUUCCUAUGGAUGGUGCGCAUUGGUGGAUCCACGGAAAAAGGAAAAACCAUUACCGAGUGGGAUUAUUACAACCCCACCGGCGAAUUCCGCGUCGAUAAAGAAGGAUCAUCGACUCUGCUCAAUUGUCUAAUGUACAAACUGUGCUAUUAUAAAUUCGGUCAAGUUUACACCGAAGGAGGCAAGCCAACGGGAUACGACAGGGUAAGAAACAUGGAAAUAGGGCACAAAGAUUUCGAGUUGGAAACGCUGGAAGAAGCGUACACUACGGAGCACUGGUUGGUGCGAAUUUACAAAGUCAAUGAUCUACGAAAUCGUGGAAACUAAAAAAUCGUGAAAACGAAGAACAAGAAGACAGGAGCAACGAAGAGUGAAUUAUCGUGAGAUUAUUCUGUGGACUUCCAGCGGGUUCGAGGUGCGAGUGCUCAUCCCAAAAAUCAUUCGAUCAACACUCGUAAUUCAGCCUUGACAGAUCUGACCGAUAUUUUUCCCUAAUAAUUAAUGAGAUUAUCGUGAUCACACUUUGAAAUAUCAUGGUAAAGCGAUCGAUUCCAAAUAAUUCAAUACGUACCACAGUAUCAUUGACGAAAAUUUUCCUUCUUACGAAUAAAAAGAUAAGCGAGUUUUAUAAACGUGGCUUAAUAAUUAUAAGAUCCAUUUCGUUGUAUCGAUCUCGCACAUUAAAAUAGAGCAAAAUUGGUUCAAUUUUUAAAUAUCGCUUUAUAUACACGGAACUUCAGAAAACUUUUUAGCCAAUAUUCAUGAAAUAAGAGAAAUUCAAUGAGUUUUUUCGAUUUUUAUAUGUAUGACUAACGCAAAACAUGAUUAAACGAAAAUGCACACACGAUAUCAAGACUGUAAGGAAACGACAUAAGAAAUAUGAGUAUUUAUGUGGUAUAUUAACAAUAUACAGUUUGUAGGUACAAGA